AGCAAAGCCUCAAAACCUGACCAUCAGAGCAAAAGAAAAAGACAGGUGAGCGUGGGAGAAAAGAGAUAGAUAGCCCAUAGAAAAUGGCUCUUAUAGCAGAUGAACUCAAGGCCAAGGCUGAGGUCUACUACGGCGACGAGAUGUGCCAAAUGUGUACCCAGCUCUUGCUCAGGGAAGCAGGCCUCCCCAAUGGUCUGCUUCCAUUGAAGGACCUAAUCGAGUGCGGCUAUGUCCAGGAAACUGGAUAUGUGUGGCUCAAGCAAAGCAAGAGGGUUGACCACAACUUCCAGAGUCUAGGAAGGCUGGUCUCUUAUGGCACAGAGAUCACCGGCUAUGCCGAGAAGGGCAGGAUCAAGAAGAUCAAAGGGAUAAAGACCAGGGAGCUCAUGUUGUGGGUCCCAGUGGAGGAGAUUGCUCUUGAUGAUCCAGCAACUGGAAAGCUUAUCUGCAAGAGCAUUGCUGGGAUUACAAAAACCUUCCCUGCAUCAGCUUUCCAUGUCCCAGAGAAGGAGAAUGUCAAGAUGAACUGUGCUGCACCGAAACCAGUGGUCCUCAUGGAGAGAACUCCACGAGUUGUUAAGAACAACUGAUCCUUCUGCACCCACUGGUAUUUGGAUUUAACGGUCAUCAUCAGCCCUUAUUCCUACAUAUUUAAAUAAUGACUGAACUGGUGCUUUAUUGUCCGUUUAUGUACUUCGAAAGUGAUAGCCCAAAGUUCUUCCUAUAUACUGCAGUUGUAUGAUUGCAGGCAUCUAUUGUCCUGGAAGGCAACCACCCAACUUCCUUUCAUGUACUAUGUAGCUCUAUAUUACUAAUAUGAAGCAUGCUGUGGACUUCUAUGAGAUGUUUCCUUUUUUUCUCUUUGCAGAGAAAAUACCA